UUUGGUGAUAGCGAUGUUUUCCAGACUCUUGAGCUUUGUGGGCCGCACAGGCCGCAGACGUCUCAUGUCCACCGCUAUCAAGCUGACCACCGUGGAAGUAAAUGACAAGACCGGCAUUGCCACGCUCACAAUGUGCCGUCCCCCCGUAAAUGGACAAAAUUUGGAACUGCUAUUGGAUAUUAAAUCAUCCAUUAACGAAAUAAAGAACAACAAUAGCCGUGGUCUCAUAAUAACAUCCGUAAGACACUCUUUAAACAGGAUACGUACCAGCAUAAUUAUAGUAUUUAUUCCCAGGCUAGUCCGAAGGUAUUCUCUGCUGUAAAUGUAUUGAAAUGAAUCACAGGGCCACGCCCCAGCAGGAGGAUGUCUUCUGGCCACAGCCUGCGAGUAUCGUGUUAUGGUGCCAAAUUGUAUAAUUGGACUGAAUGAAACCCAACUUGGGAUUAUUGCGCCCAAAUGGCUGGUUUCGGGCUAUCUGAACAUCCUGCCAAAACGAGUGGCAGAGCGGUCUCUCACUCAGGGUCGCUUGUUCACCACGGAUGAAGCCUUGCAGGAGGGCCUGAUCGACGAGAUCGCCAACAGCAAAGAGGAGGCUGUGGACAAGUGUGUCGCCUUCAUAGGCACGUUCGCCAAAGUGAAUCCCGUAGCCCGUGCUCUGACCAAGCAACAGUUCCGCGCGGACAAUUUGCGCCAAUUCCAUAAGGAACGCGAACAGGACGUGGAUGAUUUCCUGUCCCUGGUCAACCGGCCAGAGGUGCAGAAGGGUAUAGCCAUUUAUCUCGAAGGUCUGAAGAAGAAGGCCAACAAGCAAUGA